CAUCCAUGACAAUUUUGCGGGCUGCUCAAAACAAGUCGGCGAAGACAGACCGGAUAGAGAAGAAGGGAGGGGGGAGAGAGAAGGGGAGCAAUGGAGGUUGCAGGAGAGAAAGGGAGGGUGUGUGUUACUGGUGCCGGAGGAUACGUGGCCUCAUGGCUGGUGAAGCUUCUCCUUUCCAAUGGUUACAAGGUCCAUGGAACAGUCAGAGAUUUAACAAUUGCUGCUGUUCUAUUGAAUCCACAUUGGCCACAUGAUAAGCUACAAGAUGAGGAGUGUUGGUCGUCUGAAGAACUUUGCAGGAUGAUUGAGAACUGGUAUUUCCUUUCGAAGACAAUGGCCGAACGUGCAGCUUGGGAGUAUGCCGAGAAAAAUGGGCUUGAUCUUGUAACUGUUUGCCCGUCGGUGGUUUUAGGGCCAUUGCUGCAACCUACAGCGAGCACUAGCGGCUUGUUUCUAAUCUAUGUUAUAAAAGGAGGCCCAGAACCCAUGAAGAACUCCCUCUGGAACAUUGUCGAUGUUCGAGAUGUUGCUGAUGCAUUGCUUCUAGCAUAUGAGAAGCCAGAAGCAUCUGGAAGAUACCUUUGUGCACCUUAUCCAAUUAAUACUCGAGAUUUGGCAGACUUGCUGAAGGGCAUGUAUCCUAACUAUGAAUACCAAAAGAAUAUCAUUGAGGUACCACCAAAUCCUCCACUGACCUCAGAGAAACUAAAGAAGUUGGGUUGGAAAUGCAGGCCUCUGGAAGAAACUCUCAGCGAUGCUGUUGAAUGCUAUAGAGAGGCAGGUCUUUUGGAUGAACCAGAGGGCCGUACUUCUCAUUUUCCUCCUCUCUUCAAUUUUACAGGCAAGACUGGACCUCAAGUAUCUGCCGAAUAAGGCUUAUGGAUAAACUUGGCAACUUUUUAAGAUGUAACCUAUCAAUAAAGUGGUACUCCCUUUCUUUCUUAUAUGUGGAGACAAGUGAAACAGGUGUUCAUCAUCUCACCUGGUCUCGUGGUUGCAGAUGCUCUUGUUCUUAGUUGUAAAAGAAACAAGUCUUUUACUUCUAGCUUGCUCUUGGACUGUAGUUGGAGAUCCUAUUAUCUCCACAUGUAAUGAAUAGGGUGCAAUUGAGAACUUGAUUUGAAAUUGGCUGAUUGGUAA